GUUAAGUCGUUUAUCAUGUCGUUAUCACACCAUUCCUGUCAUCACCGUGUUAUAUCCUUUAAUUUCAAAAUUAAGUCUCGCUUCAACGUAUCUAUUUAACUUGAAAAUUACCAAACUACAUCACUGAUUUUUAUUGUGAAUUCUGCACCCUUUAACAUCUUUUUUCCAACUUUUUUUUUUAGUGAAUUCAAUGUUGAGAUCAUGCGCCUCAAUGAUGAUUUGCUGUUGGAGUUUCCUAAAAUUUCCAAAGCACUAAAAAACAAGACUCCUCUAGAAUCUAAAUAUGCAGAAGUUAUUACCUCGCCUUUUGAAGUGAUACGCUUCGAAAACUUCAUCAAGGGUAAAGCAUCAAUCAGGAAACUAAUAAAAAAUCUAGAUCGCCUGGAGUUUGAUGAAAACGAUAAUGAUCUCCAUUGCUCCAAAGCCACCACAGACCUACACAACAUUCACUCACCGAUUAUCAAAAAAUUAAUCUCCUUAAUUGAAAAAGAUGUGGCGAAACUACUAUCAAAGCUUUACAAAAUCAAACUAAAGCCAACCAUCUCCAUAACUGCCUCUAAAUAUUUAGAUGGAGAUUAUCUUCUCUGUCAUGAUGAUAAAUGUGAGGAUCGUGCCAUUGCUUUCAUUUGGUAUCUAAGUGAAAAAUGGAGGCCUCUCUGGGGAGGUUCACUAGAUCUUUUCAAUCAAGAUGAUGAUGGUCAGCCAAAUUCCAUAGUGCGAAAGAUAUUCCCUGAAUUCAACUCAUUUGUUUGCUUUCAAGUUGGAAACUAUACAUAUCAUCAGGUAUCAGAAGUUGUAAGUAAAGACGCUGUUCGUUUAACCAUCAAUGGUUGGUUUCAUGCAAAAAGACCUCCUCUUGAUCCAGUUGCGUACAUUGACACCAUUCCACCACUGCGCCUUCCAAAGAAUUUACCGGCUAACGUUUAUCUCAGCUCUUUCAUCAAUUCCUUAUACCUGACUGAAAGUACGAUUGAAGGUUUGACUCUCAUUUUUGAAGAAAACAGAAAUGUGAUGUUACCUGAUGCGUUGUUGGAGCGGGUUUUCAAGAAUGCACUUCUGGAUCUAUUCCAAUAUUCAGUCAAGUGGCGGAAAAAAGGUCCUCCAAAUCGCAGAAAUUAUGACUGCGCUGAUGAAGGAUCCUUAGAAUUGACGCUGCAAUCGCUACUGACUGUUGUAACAUCCAAACCAAUGUUGACAUUACUAGAGAGCAUCACCAACAUGAAGCUGAAUAAAAUGUUGAAAAAUGGUGGUGGAAUCACGAUAGAGGUUCAAAAGUGGAAGAGCGGAUACUAUUCACUCCUGUACGAUGAAAAUCAGUCAUCGGAAACUGAAGGCUUGGAUAUGUAUCUAUUUUUCAAUGUAGAGGGUGUCUAUCAAGGUCUUUUUGAAACUGGUGGAACUGUUUUAUAUUCUCCUGCAACGGAGGACGAGGAGGGAACGGUGAUAGAUCCUGUCGAUAAUGCCCUCUGUCUAGUGGCAAAGAGAAAAGGCGAAACCAAGUAUGUCAAAUACUGCAACCACAAAAUGAAAAACUCGUUUUUCGUCAUUCAGAUUUCAUUUUUAAGCUGUUUUUAGCUGCUGUCUUGAAUUUUUUCAUCAAGUGGAACUGUGAUAAAUUUAUGCCUGCUUGCUUUCUUUUUGUAUAAGUUUGAAAAUUAAAUUAGGUAUAGGUUAUACUACAAAAAGAGAAAGGGAUUAGUUUUUCUUAAACAAUAAGAGCUUUUCUUUUUUCAAUCCAUCAGUAUUUAUGGAUAUUUUACUGUACGCAAAAAUUUGAAGGCAACUGUUUUGUGCCAGAAAAUGAUUUUACAAUCUAAUGAAUUAUUGAAAACAUUUUAUUGAAUCCAAAACAAAAUUUUACAGUAAGAAAGAUAAGAUAGAAUCAAUCAAGUACUAGACAGUUUCAAUGCAAAGAUAAUGAACAAUUUAAAAAACAAAAAUUCAAUUUAUCUCUUUCAAGGUAAAGGCACAUACAAAAGAAAAUCUGCUUUUUUAAUCAAAAACACUAGCACCUACCUCAUUCCAGAUUUGUUUAACUUAUCUCUGACAAAACGCUCCAUUACAUACAAAUUAGCAGUUAGUUAUCCUCUGUAUUCGUGAAGAAAGACAGAGACAUACACAUACAUCUCUCUGGAUAGAUACAUCUCUCCAGGAGAUUUUGGUUGAGAGAAAUGAAAAAAAAAGGGGGGAGAUUAAUAAUCUGGAAUGAAGUCGCAACACUCUAAUGUGGGACUGUAAAAUGGUUCUAAUUAUUCACCGUUUACUAUAAAGUAACCUGAUGCCUUCAGCUACUGACGCCCAGAAAUCGCAGCGAUUAGAAGUUCAUCAGAGUAUUUUCCACUUGAAAGGUUCACCAGACCUCUUUUAAGAGCCAUUCUCUAGGAUGAAACCAUCCAAAACUUUCCUAUCAUUCGCCUCUAAAAGAAACGUUUCAGCAAACCUGACUAGCCUUUGCAGCUAUCUAUGAAAAGACGAACAUAUAAAAACUUGUAUUAACGUAAACUAAAGUCUCUCUUUUUCACAAGCAAACAGUGUAUCAUCUAGCCUCAUUUAUGUAUUCUUUGGAAAGGCUUGCUUGAUAACUUCCUGGGGUAAAAUAUUAUUUUAAGAGAGGGAAUUUAUUCACUUACAAUAACAUAUUAAGGUUGAAAUUAAGAUUUUUCUCUGCAUACCACAACCCUAAAAUUCUAUAACAAAGCCUUCUUUCCUGAAUUAAAUAUUCCAACAGCUUGUCAACUAAAACAAACCAGGUUUC